AUGCCUAAUAUCUGGCACUUCUUGGGCCACGGUCGUGCGUGGAUAGAUAAAUCUCAUAUCUGUACAGAAAAUGUUGCACUCAACACUGUGUAUAUUGACAAUCUGCAUCGAUGUCUUCCUGUCCUUCGCCUUCAUCAUAUUUUGUGGCCCCUAUGGAAAGCCAUUUUUGAAUCUCAGGAUGUACAUAAACCUUUGGUCAAAAUAUUCCGUAUUCUCUACCUACCCAAAGUAUCCCCAGAAAAAUAUUCAAAUGUGCCGGAGAAAAAGAAAAUUUUGAAGAAAAAGUCCGCAGAUAUAGAUGCAAAGCAUCAUGAAGAGCUCACCACGUUUGACCAUAUACGUACACUGUUCAGCUAUUGCAAACACGAAUGGAAGUGGUUCACUGCCGGAUUUUCUGCUCUUUUGGUAUUCGUCUCAGCCCAAAUUUUUGAACCAUCGGUGACCGGUUAUGUGCUCAGCACCGUAAUCGACAAGAAAGGAUAUCAUGCUCUUAUUCUAGCCAUCGUAUUUCGGAUAGCAGUCACAUUCACUGCAGUAAUUUUUGAUGGAUUCGUCGACGGUUGCAUGGAGUAUGCAACGUCGCUGAUUGCUCGCAAACUUCGUUUGGAUCUCUUCAGUUCAUUGGUCUCAAAGAACAUUGCAUUUUUUGACGUCACCAAUUCAGGUGAAAUGGUCUCUCGACUGACAGCCGACUGUCAGACGGUAUCUACGGCGAUCUCAUUCAAUUUAACACAGUUUCUUCGAGCUAUAAUCCUUAUUAUUGGUACUUUAGGAUUUCUUCUUUUCUAUUCGUGGAGAAUGACUAUGGUUACCUUCAUCACAUUCCCAUUAAUGGUAAUUCUGACUAAGUUCUACGGAGAUUUUUAUGAUAGACUUUCCGAGUCCACACAAAACACAGUGGCAAAAGCGAAUCAGAUCGCUGCUGAAGUUCUGUCAACAAUGCGAACAGUGAGGUCGUUUGCUUGCGAAAAACGAGAAGUGAAUCGAUUUUCCAAUACUCUGAGCAAUGUGCUGAAGUUUGACAAAAAAAGAUCGCUCGCAUCUGCCGGCUAUACAUGGAGCUGUGACAUUGCAGAAAAUAUAACUAUAGCCAUAAUUCUUUUCUACGGUGGACAUCUCGUAUUUUCAGAUAAAUUAUCAUCGGCAACACUCGUUACGUAUAUCCUAUAUUUGGAACAACUCGAAACGAAUCUCUAUAUUCUUGGUGCAGCAAUGACGCAAGUAAUGAAGUGCGUGGGAGCUUCAAGGAAGAUAUUCGCUUUGAUGAAUGAAACUUCUGAAGAUUCGUUCUCGGAAGGUGACGAAAAACCAGUGAUAACCGGUAAGAUAGAAAUCAAUUCGAUGGACUUCACAUACCCAUCUCGACCACAUAAGAAAAUCGUAGAGGAUAUGAAUCUAACACUCGAAGCAGGCAGUACCGUCGCUUUUGUUGGUAGCAGUGGUGGAGGAAAAUCCACUGUAAUAGCCCUAAUUGAGCGAUUCUACAAGCCAACAAGUGGUUCGAUAUUAAUGGAUGGGAUUUCUAUAGAUAAAAUUGACCAUGAAUACUACCAUGAAAAGGUAGCCUUAGUAGCACAAGAACCAGUUCUAUACAAUGGUACUAUUCGUGAAAAUAUUCUCUACGGAUGCGACUGGGCUACCGAAGAUGAUAUGCUGAGAUCUGCUCAAACAGCAAAUGCGCACGAUUUCAUCAUACAGCUUGAAAAUGGCUACGAUACGAAAUGCGGUGAAAGGGGAGCUCAGCUGUCGGGUGGCCAAAAGCAACGAAUUGCUAUUGCUAGAGCACUGGUGAGACGGCCAGCAGUGCUAAUACUCGACGAAGCCACUAGCGCUUUAGAUUCACAUUCUGAAGAUGCUGUACAGGAAGCUUUGAAGAAAAUUGCUGGCAAACUGACGGUUAUCAUCAUAGCACAUCGAUUAUCAACCAUAGAACACGCAGAUCGGAUAUACGUAAUUGAUAAGGGUCGAAUUGCUCAGAGCGGUACACAUUCUGAAAUGCUCGAGGACAUCAAUGGGCCGUAUUAUUCCCUCGUCGCUAGGCAAAGUAGAAGUAUACAAAUGUAA